AUGGAAGGCACUCUCUGCAGUCUUUGCGCGGGCCUGGACGUUUACGGCGCAGUCGAGUGCCUCCUGUCUCGGGAAGGCGCCUACUCUGAUGACUCCGUUUGCCUCGAAUCACCAUGGCACGGCACACUGGCCGCCGUCGACGCUUCGUCGGCCUCGUGCGGGCUUUGCAGCAUUGUCAUGAAGGGCUGGCAGGCUAGCCGUGAAGUGGUGGUCGAACAGGCGACUCGGGAUGCCAUGUUCGACCCCCUCGACCCGCCGCAAGGUUUGGACGCCCCAGUCCGUCAAAUCACCGAGUACCGAAACUCCCCAGUCUCCCUGGAGAUCGUCAGACGAGCGAGGAGAGUGGACGAUGGCAGAAGAAAUCAAUCCAGUCUGUUCCUGCGCGCGCAAUGUUGUGGCCCGGCAACAAGGACAUCCUUUGAUGUGCUCGAUCCAGUCACGGUAGAGUUGCGCAUCAUGCGGGAGAAACCUGACGCCGUCGCUGAGGACCCGGCAUCAGGCUCGGCCAACAGGGUGUCGACCGCCCAAAUUGAUCUUAACACAGAUCUCCUAGUCCCGGAAGACCCGUUGUCACAAACCAGCCUGGACACCGUCUGCGGCUGGCUCAAGACGUGCGUGAACCACCACGGGACAGCCUGCAUUCCUUCCGCCGCGCCCAAGGGAUGGUUGCCAACUCGCUUGCUUGAGAUCGGGCCUGGCGGCCACAGCAUCUUCCUACGGGAGACGCAGGCAAUGAAAUUGGCUGCUGAUGUUCGGUAUGUCGCUCUCAGCCACUGCUGGGGCCAGGGUAGGACACCUUUCACAACCACCCGACAGACCAUGCCCUCGCGGAUGGCGGGAAUUGAUGUAGGCGUCCUGCCCCAGACCUUCCAGGACUCGGUUGGCCUGACGAAUAGCCUGGGUCUCCAGUACCUGUGGAUCGACAGCCUGUGUAUCAUUCAAGACGACGCGGGAGACUGGGCCAAGGAGGCGGCUCAAAUGGCCAACGUUUAUCGCUACGCCCAUCUUGUGCUCAACGCCGCAAAUAGUGACGCAGAUGCCGCUGGCUUCCUUUCGCCAAGGCACGCCCAAGACACGGUACGGUUGCCCCCGGCGACCCCAGGGCGACGACACCUCUGCCUCCAGUUGUGCCCACCAGAGAGCCGCCGGUGGAUUGAUCCGGCUGGACCCGACAACCUGAACUGGGAGCCGAUCAGUCGGAGAGCGUGGUGUCUGCAGGAGCGCUGUCUGCCAAUGCGCUCCCUGCAGUACGGAUCGCAUCAAGCCUUCUGGGAGUGCGAGAUGAUGCGAGCCAGCGAGGACGGUGAUGCCAUCACACAAGAAAAGGGUCACUUGAAGCGCCUCUGCGAGACAGCCAAUAUCGCUGACUCCGUCUUUGCUCGUCCGGACCGGGACCCGUCGAGUGAGCGAGAACAGAAGGUCAACUGGGGCGACUGGCACAGGAUGGUAGAAGACUACACGGCGCGCCACAUCACCGCGCACACAGACCGGCUCCCCGCGCUGUCUGGUCUUGCACAGGCCGUAGUCCGUGAAUCCGGCGGCGAAUACCUCGCCGGCUUGUGGAAAAGCGGUCUCAUCGAAGGUCUCCUCUGGCACAAAGCCCAGCCCGGCCGCGACAUCACCCCGACACCCGAAUACGUGGCCCCGUCCUGGUCCUGGGCGUCAGUUAUCGGCCCGCUGCAGUUCCCCAUCUACACGUGGUACACGCAGCGGGCAUUCUGGAAGGCCAAGAUGGCUGACUUUGAGCCGCUGGCAGAGUAUGUGCGCCACUCGACGGUGAACAGGGACGCAGACCCCUACGGCAGGCUUGCAGAAGGCUACCUAGUGCUGAAAGCGCCUCUGCUGCCCGUCUUGUCGGUCCGGCGGCGCCAGGGCCAGGCGCCCGCUCUACGCUCGCUGUUUGGACAGGCACCGGCCCGUUCCGAGGUGGCUGAUGCUGUGGUUAAGUUGGCGACGCCUUCCGGGAAUGUUUGGGUCGAGGGCGGGUUCGACGACACCCGCAGAGGGGCUGACCAUCCUGAAAACCUGGUGGUCGUUUUUCUCGCCCGCCUACCGCACGUCCUUGAUGAUGGCUUCGUGGAGCACCGGUUCGGGCUCAUUCUGAGGCCAGUGCGCGGGGAGGCGGCGCUGUACAGGCGGGUCGGGUUCGUCGACGGCGUCCUCUUGAGCAAAUCCUUCUUCGACGCGGUAAGGGGGCGCGGCGAGUACUCGAUUAUCGGCUAUCGCCGCCCUUUUGCGCGCGGUGACCUCGACGAGGACAAGCGGGAUAACGACCUUGCGGCAGACCCUCUCAUGCUGGACAAGACGGAUGUUAGGAUAUGCUGA